AUGAAAGCGACGAUUUGCUUCGUAAUAUUUUUGUUAAGUACAGCUUGGGCGGACCUCGCUGGAGAAUGUAAUCUCGUUGGGUUUUAUUUGGAGUUAGGUUGUAAGGCUCUACCUAAAGUGGAUAAUACUACAAGCUGUCCCGACGCCUUCCAAUGCCCUGAUCUUCAUCCAGACCCAAAUAUGUGCUAUUACAGGGGAGUAGCAUACGCAGACCGUUCAAUGAUACCCCAGAACUUAAUUAAAAACUCGUGCUCCCAAGCAUGUUUCUGUAAUAUGUUCGGGGGCCCCCAGUUCGACUGUGCAGCAGUCGAUUGUUUCGAAUCCUUUAAGAAUGAUGAACUGGACGAAUGCAUCUACACUUACGAACUAGACUCUUGUUGCAGCACUGGUACUGUCUGCGGCAAAGACGCAAUAGGAAACUUGAAAACUUGUGAAGUGGAUGGUCAAACGUUUAAAGAAGGCCAAUCUUUCUACCCCGCUAAUACUCAGAAGAUGUGCAUAUGUUCUGCUCAGUGGAACGGUACCACCGACGACCCCACUAUGUGUAGAGAUGUCAAUUGUGGCUUAGAAAUCCAUUAUCAAGACAAAAUACUUGACAAUUGUGCGCCCGUGUACUUUGGUGAUAGCAAGGGCAACUGCCCUAUUGCAUUUACGUGUCCUUCCAACUCAACAAAAAUUAUCCGCGGUUUGAAUCUCCGAAGCGUCCCUGUACAGUGUUCAUUCGGCAAUUUAACGCUAAACGUUGGAGAUGAUGUAAUUGUAGAUGAAAAAUGUACUAAAUGCUCCUGCGACGUGCCACCGUUUGUGUCUUGCGUGAAAAAAGCAUCCUGCGACGAA